GCACUGAAUCAGACAGGAGACAAAGCAAGCACACACUGAGCAAACAAACAUGGUGAAGAUCACUUUCCAGCCAGUGUCGGCGCAGAAGCCCGAAAAAGACAACGAUGAGGACAAGAUCAUUAUACCUCAGGCUCACGGGCAGCCGGUUCACCCAGUCAAGCCAAAGAAACCUUUUCCAACCGGCCUGUGCUGCCUUGCCUUGGGCCUGGCAGUUUUCCUGAUAGGACUGGUCUUGGCGUCUGUCUUUAUCUAUCGCCACUACUAUAUACCUCAGCAGAUCCCAGAAGACAGUUUGUUCCAUUGUCGGGUUAUCUUCGAGGACUCUGUGUAUGCUCCUCUGAGGGGGCGACAAGAACUCGAGGAAAAUGUCGGCAUCUACCUUGAAGACAACUACGAGCAGAUCAGCGUACCCGUGCCACGUUUUGGUGGCAGCGAUCCUGCCGAUAUCAUCCACGACUUUCAGAGGGGCCUUACAGCUUAUCACGACAUCACACUGGACAAAUGCUACAUCACCGAGCUGAACACAACCUUAGUGAUGCCGCCACGCAACCUGUGGGAGCUGCUCGUCAAUGUCAAGAGAGGGACGUACCUUCCUCAGACGUACAUCAUCCAGGAGGAGAUGAUGGUGACGGGGAGGGUGAGGAACAUGAGGCAGCUGGGCCCUUUCAUUCACAGGCUCUGUUACGGCAGAGAAACUUACCGCCUCAGACGCCGCAGCCAGCGCCAACGUAUUGAGAGGCGUGAGACCAAGAAUUGUCACAGCAUCCGCCACUUUGAGAACACUUUUGUGGUCGAGACUGUGAUCUGCGACCGGUUCUAAAUCUGAGGUGGAAAUCACAGCCAUCCAACACUGAAGCCAAUUUAAACCAUACCUCUUGAAUUCCUUAAGCGUUAAACUGCACUUUAAGAGCAAGCGUUUGUCUCGUAGUUUUAGUUUCAGUUCCAGUUGGAAUGUUUUUGUUUAUGCUUUUAUUUUUUUGAAACGUCCGUGUACUAUGUUAAUGUCUUUUUAAUUUAAACAGAUUCCUGGAUGAUGUUAUAGAUUUGUUUAGAUAUAUCUGUAGCUUGUCAUGUCGUGCAGAACGUGUCAACCUGUGUAUGUAAGUUUGUGACAUUUACAUCAAUGGACUUGAUUUCAUUUCAUUUUUAUACUUGUCCUCGUAUUUUUUAGUUACCUCUUUUUUUGUUGUUGUUUUGAAUGUCGGAAGAUGGCGAAACAUACCUCAUGUAGUUAAGAUAUUACUUUGCUGGUUGAUAUCAUAAUGAGUGGUGUAUAUAACUUUGAUUGUUCCUAAGCAAUAUAUACUGUACAUUGAUUUUCUUCUUAAUUUCAUAUUGUUACAUGCAUAGAUUUUUAUCUGAGAUCAACUUGUUUUGUGGAUGAUCAUUUCUUUCUUGUUUGCCUUUUAGUUUUGUUCUUCUCACACUUUCCUACUCCUUGGAUAUAAACGGCUUUAGACUGUAAUUAGUAGCAGUGCUGUAGAAGGACAGAAGGAACCAAAGUCUGCAGUCAGGGAUGCUACAAGCUUGGUUUUAAGGACAUAUGAAUUAUUUAUAAAGAACGCUUUAUAGUCUAGAUCACUUACUGUAGAUUAUAUCAAAGGCUAAAAACUCACGUUGUCUUGCUCUUCCUCCUCUUCACUCAGAUUUGCCUGUUGUCUUCAGCUCUUGCCAUUUCCCAGUCUUUCCUAUCUUGGCAUUAUAAUGUUCCCUGAUGUUUGUUUGUCCCAGCUUAAAAAAGGAAAAGAUUUUGGGCUGUCUUUCUGAUGUAUAAGUUGGAGUAAAUCUGAUUCUGUUGAGAGAGAGAGAUCUGUGAUCUGUUAUCAUAUUUCACUGUCUUGGGUACUGUAUUUCGCUGUACAGUCAAUUUUUCUUGUAAAAUCUUGCUGCUUUAAGAAUAAAUGAUCAAACUUU